UCCGGUCUCCCGUCAGGAGGCAGAACGAGAGCCGGUGAGUGGAAGAGUGAAACUGAAGGAUACUCCCGCGAGGUUCGGACGGACGCACGCGCCCGCUCAGCAUCCCCCAGCAGGGCUUCUGGGUAAAGUGACCGCAGGGAGGCGGUUUCGGACAGCUGGACAUUUUACUGGAAGAGAAGUGGUCCACGCUCUGAAGGAAGAAUAAAGAGGAGCCUCUGAAGAGCAGCGAAACCUUCCUCAGCACCGCCAUCGUCAUCAUCAUCACCCCUGCAUCCCCCAGACUCUCCAAGAUGAAGCGAAAGGAGGACCUGAACCCCAUGCUGCUGCUGCUCUUUCAUCUCAUGGUCUUCAUCUACACUACCAUCACAUUCCUGCCUUCAUACCUCCUCAGCUGGGGUUCAAGAGCACACCAAGGCUCUUAUGGUUCAGAGAAAGACAGAGCCAAGAUAAUCAAGGCUCGCUCCGUCCUGGGAUGUCCAGAGGGACCCUACAGAGCAGUCAGCUCCUCAAAAAGGCUGGCAUCAGUACUACGCCCUGGAGUCAAUACCUUGGAUAAGAUCUUUGCCUACGCCUCCACACAGUUCCCAUACAGAGACUGCCUCGGGACCAGGGAGGUGAUCAGUGAGGAGGAUGAGCGACAGAGUAAUGGCAAGGUGUUCAAGAAGGUAGUUCUGGGUGAGUACCGAUGGAUGUCUUACCAGGAGACCAUUAACGCAGCAACUCAGCUGGGCAGUGGCUUGGCAUCGUUGGGGCAGCGGCCAAAAACCAACAUCGCCAUCUUCUGUGAGACCAGAGCAGAAUGGCUUAUUGCUGCCCAGGCCUGCUUUGCAUACAAUUUCCCACUGGUGACUCUUUACUCCACGCUGGGAGGACCAGCUAUCGCUCACGGGCUCAACGAGGCUCAAGUUUCUCACAUCAUUACCAGCAAAGAACUUCUGGAGACCAGGCUGAAGGCCAUCCUUCCCGAGGUGCCCAGGCUGCAGCACAUCAUCAUAGUGGAUAACACACCAACCACUUGGCCUGGCUAUCCAGCUAACAUAAGCAUCCACAACAUGGCUGCAGUUCAGAGGCUGGGGGCCAUGCCGGAGAACACAGCUUGUGAGCGAAAGCAGCCGCUGCCCUCAGACAUCGCCGUGAUCAUGUACACCAGUGGAUCCACAGGCGUUCCCAAAGGUGUCAUGAUCUCCCACAGCAACAUCAUUGCCAGCAUCACAGGGAUGGCGGAGAGGAUCCCCAAUCUGAGCGAGGACGACACGUACAUUGGCUACCUUCCUCUGGCACAUGUGUUGGAGUUGUGUGCAGAGCAUGUGUGCAUCGCUCAUGGCUGCAGGAUCGGCUAUUCCUCACCUCAAACUCUUGCUGAUCAGUCAACUAAGAUCAAGAAAGGAAGCAAAGGAGACGCCAGCAUCCUGCAGCCCACCCUGAUGGCAGCGGUCCCGGAGAUCAUGGACCGCAUCUACAAGAAUGUGAUGGGUAAGGUGGAGGAGAUGAACAGCAUCCAGCGAACACUCUUCAUCCUGGCGUACAACUACAAGCUGGAUCAGCUCGCCAAGGGCCGCAGCACGCCGCUGUGUGACAGGCUGGUGUUCAGAAAGGUGCGAGCGCUGCUGGGAGGACGGACGCGGGUUCUGUUGUCAGGCGGGGCGCCGCUCUCUGCAGCGACGCAGCGCUUCAUGAACGUGUGUCUAUGCUGCCCGGUGGGGCAGGGCUACGGGCUGACGGAGACCUGCGGCGCCGGAACUAUUUGUGAACUGUGGGACUACAGCACCGGCAGAGUUGGAGGUCCACUGGUUUGCUGUGAGAUCAAGCUGAAAGACUGGACAGAAGGUGGUUACAGGAGCACCGAUAAACCUCACCCCAGAGGCGAGAUCCUCAUCGGAGGACCCAACGUCACCAUGGGGUACUACAAAUGCGAUGCCAAAAAACAGGAAGACUUCUUUGUGGACGAGAACGGCCAGCGGUGGUUCUGUACCGGAGACAUUGGAGAAGUUCAUGACGACGGAUGCCUGAAGAUAAUCGAUCGUAAGAAAGACUUGGUGAAGCUGCAGGCGGGGGAGUACGUGUCUCUGGGAAAGGUGGAGGCGGCGCUGAAGAACUGCCCUCUGGUUGACAACAUUUGUGUUUAUGCCAACAGCGAUGAGACGUACGUGAUUGGCUUCCUGGUGCCCAAUCAGAGGCAGCUGCUGGCUCUGGCGGGUCAGUACGGUAUCCGCGGCUCGCGGGAGGAGCUGUGCAACAGCAAAGCUAUAGAGGAGCUGGUUCUGAAGGCCAUCACUGAAGCGGCUCUGACAGCCCAGUUGGAGCGCUUUGAGAUCCCUCGUAAGAUCCGCCUGAGUUCAGAACCCUGGACCCCAGAGACCGGAUUAGUGACCGACGCCUUCAAGCUCAAACGCAAGGAGCUGAAGACGCAUUAUAAGGAGGAUAUUGAGAGAAUGUACGGCGGGAAAUAGGAAGCAGGUUCAGCAACACUAGAGAUGGAGACUUGGACUUGAAGGACUUGUUAACACUGUUCCUCUGAUUUCCUUUAUUUUUACCUCCUGGACAUUCCGGUCAGAUCUAACAAAAAUGCUUUUUAUCCGGUUUUAUUGUUGUCUCUUUCCAAACACAGGAAAGUGUUUUGUUGUUGUUUCCCUACUUGUGCUUUGAAUCUACCCUGAUGAUAUUUUGAGACUUCAGAGCUUUUUAAUCUGAAGUCUGCAGAUCAAAAAGUCACUUGAGUGUCUCUAAGCAACAGUAGACUCUGAAACGGUGCUCGUCCUCUGACCUCAUCUUCCCAACCUCUUAGAGAAAGAAGCAGCUUUUCUAAAAGUCUUCACAAUAAAAAACAGGGGCAGCAGAUGAGGGGUCAAAGUGACCUUUCCUUCAGGUCCAGGUGUGUGACCCUUCAACUUGUUUUUCCAGAUGGAAGUAAUGAAACCGACCUGUUGAACUUCAGUCCGAGCUUCAGCAGAAACUCAGGUCUCUUUGUGUUCAUCUACAUCUCCAGGUUCUCCGUUUCCUCUGCAUUCCGUCAGCUUUUCCUGCAGGUCGGGAGAGGGUUCACUUUCUUUGUUUCUCCUUUAGCUCGUUUAGAAUACCGUCAAUGGUUUAUUUAGUCUCCCACCCACAGACAGACUCCGACUCCCACGUUUGUGGGUAAUCUCACAUCAGAGCUUCCUGAUGUCUGAAGCACAACGCCACGUUUGAACAAAAUCUAUCCAGAAAUGUACAUUUUGAUUCAGUCUUUUGAUCUUUAAGCUAGUAAAAGGAAAUAGCAUCAGGACAACAACUUUUUCUUUAAUCUUUGUUCAUUUAAGCUAAAUUGAAGGUCCUUUUAAGGGUAAAAGCUGCUUCAUGGAUGGAAUCACUUUAAAAUCCUUGUUUUAUUUGAUAAAUCAAAGUGAGGAGAGGGUGUGGCGUGUGAACAUUUAUUGUUUCAGGUUUGAUCUCGGUUAAACCGUGUGACUGAACCCCGUCCUCGGAGUCUCCAGCGUUGUGCGGUUUUUGUGAUUCAGGAGUGUGUGGUUAUAAUUCAGGAGUGAUUUUUGUGGAGCUGCAGGUGAAGUGAACGUUCAGCCUGCAGGAACCCCCCACCCCCACCCCCGGACUGUAACAUAAAUGAUCUGUUAUUUAUUUGAAAUCUGUCUUUGGAAUAAAAACUCAAAUGAAAUAAAGAAAAAUGUGGCUCA